AAAAGAUUUAUUUUUGGGUAAUUUCAUUUGGGUCUUGUGAAAUAUUCUUUGUUCUGAUGUGUAUGUGUGCAGGGACGGAAACUAGUCUAGGUUUUUAACUUGGUCUUGUUUGUACAGAAAAAGAUAGUACUGAAAGUCCACAUGAAUUGCGAGAAAUGUCGAAAGAAGGCAUUGAAGGCUGCAUCUAUACAAGGCGUAUCUAAGGUGGAGAUUGGAGGGAAGGAACAAGAACAGAUUGUGGUGGAAGCAGAGGGAGUUUGUCCUGCUAAGCUGGCUAGGCUUUUGCAGAAGAAGUUGGGCCACGCAGAAAUAAUGACCGUAGAAGAGGUGAAGCCAAAGCAAGAAAAGAAGGAGCCCAAAAAAGAUGACCCACCUCAAUGGACACAACAUUACUAUCAAUAUCCACAGUACGUUGCGGGAUAUCAGACCGUUUACGAACCAAGUCCUGGUGUUUGUUCUCUCAUGUGAGGGUAUGUCUGAUUUUUCUGUAUUUGUGUUCUUCAUCUAUUUCCUUACAAAUGUGGUGUAGGUUAUACUAGGACGAACUUCUCUAAGCAUGUAGAGGGGAGCCCAUCUACUGGCCACCCUAUGUCCCCAAGUGUCACACGUGGUGUGAGAUCCAAGCCGUCCAUUAGAUGGAUCUCACCGUGAAGAAACCCAUUACUAUAAAAAGUUUGCUGGUCCACCUGAUGAAUCGAGCUACAGUUUACUAAACAAAUAGAUGGCCAAAUAAGCUUUUCUAAGCCAUUCAUUUGCUUGCUAGAUUAGUGGAUUGGCUUUAUUUUUGGUACCAUGGCCCAAAAUACUGGGGGUAAAGCUAUGUUGAUAUAGUUUAUUACCAUUUCUAAGUGGUGGUGAUCUAUCCACGUAUACACGGCAUAGUGUCAUACGGGAAUGACAAUUCCAAAUGUCUGACCCUUGGGACGUCUACCGUUGGUCACAGACAAAAAUCGAAUGGACUAGACGAUCUAACCCAUCUGAUUUCACCCGUUGAAUUGAUAUCCAUGAAUUUUUAUUUUUAUUUUUUUUAAAAAAAAAAAAACACUAUCCAAAAGCAGCCAACCAUUGGAUGGUUAGAAUAGCUUGAUAUCUGUGUGGGUUAUGAUCCAUCCACUUGAUACUACCAUUUGGAUGAUAUGGAACAAACUCCAGAUGCAUGGCAGAUGAUAUAUUCAUCACCGAUUAGAAAACGAUGUUCCGUUGCUAUUUUGUUUAAGGUCAAGAUGCUACCAGAAGAGGAAUUAGAUAGUCAUGAUAGACGCGGAUUAGCUACUGAUGGCUUCAGUAGGCAGGUUCCCUACUGAAGUGACGUCACCAAGUUCUGUGGGCCCCACCAUGAUGUAUUGUAUGUGUUGUAUCCACACCGUCCAUUAAUUUGGCGAGAUCAUUUUAGGGCAUUUGAACCAAAACAAAGCAGAUCCAAAGCUCAGGUGGAACCCAUACAUGAACUAAGGAAAACACAAGUAUCUGCUUAAUGGAAAAGUUAUGUGGCUCCUAAGAAGUUUUUAACAGUAGGUGUUCAAUCCUUACUGUUUUCUGUAGUGGGUUAACUUGAGCUUUGGAUCCGUCUCUUUCUCUAGCUCAUGCCAUGAAAUGAU